UCUUUGGCAAGGAGGAAAGACACAUCUGUCCUCGAUCAGGCUGACGCUAGGAGAUAUUAGACCAACUACAGACAUUGAGGCAACAACAGAUCUUUUUACGGCCAAAACGAAUCCAUCCAUGAUUACAAAUCAUAAUGAAGAAAAAGUAAUUUGAUGAUGUUUAUGCCUCCUUGGAAGUUAUGUUAAACUUGCCCGAGUUAAAAUCCACCCAGAUUUAGUAGUUGAGUUGACGCAGACCUUUUUUGAGUUCAGUGAGGAUUUUUUUUAAAUUCCUAAAUUACUUGUUUAUUUUGUUUGAGCUACUUAAAGCCCUCAAAAUGAAGUUCAACCUACUUCCCAAAGCUUCCUCCAACCUAUUUCCAGUCCUGGUGCUUCUCUGGUUCCACAGUGAUCCAGUGCUUUCUCACGGUAAUGACUCAGCUGAUCUAUCAGAUGCCACCUUCAGCACUUCAGACCUCCGUGAGCCAAGAUUAGAGAGUGACCACCACAUUCAGACAGAACGACGUCUGGUCCAGGAAACCAUCAACAAACCUGACUCUGCUUUGGAAUCUGCAUUGAGAAAGUCCAAAAACCCAAGUAAACACAAGCACAAGCACGAGAGGAAGUCUUACGCAACAACCACCAACUCCUCUGUGACGGCUCAUCGACACCCAAUGUUUGUGCCGAACUGCGUCCAUGAGACCUCCAUCAAGUUUGCCUUCAAGUUCAUCAACACAGCUCUGUCAUGCCUGAUAUUUGCUGUCGGGAUCAUUGGAAACGCCACCCUGCUCCGGAUCAUCUACCAAAAUAAGGGCAUGAGGAAUGGACCCAAUGCUUUGAUCGCAAGUCUGGCUCUGGGAGACCUGAUCUACAUCGCUAUUGACAUUCCCAUCAACGUUUACAAGCUUCUUGCCAUGAAGUGGCCUUUUGCCGACAGCCCCUUCGGCCUCUUCCUGUGCAAGCUGUUCCCGUUCCUCCAGAAAGCUUCAGUGGGCAUCACAGUGCUCAACCUGUGUGCCCUUAGUCUGGACAGGUAUCGUGCUGUUGCAUCCUGGUCUCGUGUGCAGGGCACUGGCAUUCCCAUGGUCACUGUCGUGGAGAUUGUACUGAUCUGGUUGAUGUCGGCUGUGCUGGCCGUGCCAGAGGCCUUUGGCUUCAACAUGGUCACCUUUGAGUACAAGAAUGUCACCAUAAGAACGUGCAUGCUGGAGGCCAACACGCCCUUCAUGACAUUCUACCGAGACGCAAAGGACUUCUGGUUGUUUGGCUUCUACUUCUGCGUGCCUGUGAUCUUCUCCGCUGUGUUCUAUGGUCUCAUGACCUGUGAAAUGCUGCGACACCAGAAGGGAAGUCUGAGGAUGUCUCUGAGUGACCACCUGAAGCAGAGGAGGGAGGUGGCCAAAGCUGUCUUCUCUCUGGUCCUGAUCUUCGCUCUCUGCUGGUUCCCUCUACAUUUGAGCCGCCUGCUGAAGAGAGUAGCCUACAAAUCCCAUGAUGCACACCGCUGCGACCUUUUAAACUUCCUGUUGGUGCUCGACUACUUCAGCAUUAACAUGGCGACCAUCAACUCCUGCAUCAAUCCUAUAAUACUUUUCUUUGUUUCCAAGAAAUUCAAAAACUGCUUCAAGUCUGCUGCCUCUGAACCGUGGGACCAGCCUGCAGUACAAGCACACCAACCACUGAGCCACAUCCGCGAGGCACAGACUCAACCUCACUGUAAUGGAGUACUCUGGAAGUACAUAACUAAAUCCACAGCACCACCACCUCAGAAAUACUAAAUAGAAUUCAAAAUAAAGCACUUUGCCGAAUGUUGUUCACAGAGUGCCUUUUGUGAUAAGGCCUAUUAUUAUCGACACUAAGUACAGAUCAUUAUUAAUCAUGGAUCACUUCAUAAAGGUGUCAAUAAUUUGCCUUCACAACAUCUCACUCUUGUGUCACUUCAAUAUUACUGUCACACAGAUAUUUGACUCAUCCAUGCUUUAUAAAGCUUUAAAAGCUUUUGCUUUUUUUCCAUAAAAAUUAGACAUUACAAAAGAGCAACAUCAUGAGCUGAGUUCACGGCAGUGGAACAUAAUCAAACAUUAUGCCGCAGAUAUUCAUGCUCGGUUUGUACUUAAUUUUGGAGUGCAUUUUCCUGAGGAGAACAAAAGAAAACAAAAUAUGAUACACAUGAAAGGAUUUUUUUCUGUACUAAUAAACUUUAUAUUUUUAUUUUACUGUAAUUUUUUUCUGUUAAAGAUGCAUGCACUUUUUCCUAUGUGACUUUUUUUCAAUUUACAUCACAUAUUUUAAUGUUGUUAUUUUCUAAAUGUUACAUAGUUUUGAAUGAUCUGAAUGAA